CCCUCUCGGUACGCGAAGGCCUCAACUUCCCGACUCCUCCUUAAGCGGCAGGCGAGCCCUGCACUCCGAAGCUCCCGCAGCGGGAAGGAGGCGGCGCCCUGCCCCGUAGCCCCGGCACUUCCUCGGCGCCCCACAGCUCCCCCUCUCCCCGCCAGCCCCUUCCUUCUGCCUGCGCUGCCGGGCCGGGCCUGCAGUGGCCCAUGGCGGUGCAACCGGCGCCCCCUGUCACGCAGCAGGUGGGCAGCGCGCGGGGCUGCGGGAAGCGGCCGGAGCACGGGGAGCUGCUGGAGGCCGCCCGCUGCCUGGUGCAGGACGGCGACGGGAGGAGCAUCCCCUUCAAGGCCCUGUACUGGGAGCAAAAAGCCAUCGUGCUGUUCGUGCGGAAUUUUUUAUGUUACACCUGUAAGGAGUAUGUAGAGGACCUAGCAAAAGUCCCCCAGUCGUUUUUACAGGAGGCAAAUGUGAGGCUUAUAGUUAUUGGACAGUCAUCUUACCAUCAUAUCAAGCCCUUUUGCAAUUUAACUGGGUAUACACAUGAAAUGUAUGUAGAUCCACAAAGGGAAAUUUAUAAAACUCUUGGCAUGAAAAGAGGUGAAGGUAAUAACGUAUCAGUGCGGAGCCCUCAUGUUAAAUCAAAUACACUCCUGGGAAGCAUUAGGAGUAUGUGGAGAGCAAUGACUGGCCCGGCUUUUGAUUUUCAAGGAGACCCCGCUCAGCAGGGAGGAGCUUUGAUUUUAGGCCCAGGCAAUGAAGUUCAUUUUGUGCACCUUGAUAAAAACAGGCUGGAUCAUGUUCCCAUUAACACAAUUUUGCAGCUGGCAGGAGUUAAAACAGUAAAUUUCACAAACCAACCCCAGAUUAUUGACAUAUGACACUGACAUAUUUAUUUAUUUGUACACUACAAGAAUAAUUUCCUGGUGAUGUUCCACCAGCAUCAGUAUUAUUGUGUCUUUAUGGGUCAUCUGUAACCUGAUCUAGAAAAUCAGAGCACAAAACAAACUACUUGGCAGUGAGGAUGGACACAAAAGUGCUAUUUCCAUUGCAUGUAAGAUAAAACCAAAAAGAUAAUUGAGGCUUAUUGAAAAAAAUAAAAUCCCAUACCUUAUUAUUUCCUUAAUCUUGCUACUGUAUUUUUUAAAAUCUUUGUUCAAGAUGCACUAAACUAAAAAAUCUGGUUUUGCUCAGGAAGAACUUGGGGUUCUCACUUUCAGCAGAUCACACUGGCUUUCAACCCCGUACUUCUCACGAGUGUUUUAAAGCUUCCAUCACUGAGUGACACUCGUGUAUUAAAGUAUACCUUGAAAAAUCAUGGUUUCAAACACUGGCACUUAAGCUUAUGCCUACCUUUGCAUCUGGCACUGGCAUACAUUAUGAAAUACAUUUUAUAGUUUUAAAUAAAUAGUUUAAAUAAAUCAUCCAUUGUCUGCAAUUCAUUUGUGUCAUACAAAAGGGUGAGU